GACGGCUAAAGCAGGGGCUCCGUGUUUUCAGAGAGGCCAGUAAAGUUGCGUGACCAUUGGACUUUAAGAUAAAUAAUAAGAUGUCUUCGGCUGAGGUAGUGUUGGGUUUCCUGGAGGAGGCGGAGCCGUGGCGGCUUCGGUCGCCACAGUUCCCCAGUAAGGUUGGAGGGAAGCCGGCGUGGCUGAGCCAGGCAGGGCUGCCCUCCCAGUCCGCGCUGGAGUGUGAGAUGUGCCAUCAACCCCUGGUCUUCCUGCUGCAGGUGUAUGCACCGAUACCUGGUCAGGAAAGAAGUUUCCACAGAACCCUCCUCCUGUUCUGCUGCAAAACCCCUGACUGUUAUUCUCGCAACGACAGCCGAUGCAUGAAAGUUUUCAGAAAUCAGCUGCCCAGGAGAAAUGAGUUCUACCCCUUCGAGCCUCCUCCAGAGGAUGAACCACCCAGUGGUCCAGAGGAGGAUUGUGUGCUGUCUGUAUCUGGAAUUAAACUGUGUUGGGUAUGUGGUUGUCCCGGGAGCAAAACCUGCUCCCGCUGUCACGCCGUAACCUAUUGUGUCAAACACCACCAGACUCUCCACUGGAAACACUCUCACAAAAGAGAGUGCUGCAGCCCAGGUACAGAGGCAUCCAUUGUCACUACCUCUCCCCUCCUCUUUCCUGAGUCAGAGCUCAUCACUGAGCCGGAGGAGAAGCAAGAAAAAGAUGCAGAAGGAGAAGAUGAAGAAGAAGGCAGUAUUCAGAAAAGUGUUGAUUGCUGUUCUUUAUCAGACGCACUGGCAGAGGUAGACCUGGAAGAGAUGGCUAUGCAUGAGACUGAAGAGAACCGAGUGUUUCAGCGAUUUAAAAAGAAGAUUGCACCAGAGCCACAUCAGGUGAUACGUUACAGUCGAGGAGGGAAUCCCUUGUGGGUUUCCUCUCAGCACAUCCCUUCAGAUGAGAACAUACCACCAUGCACUUGUGGUGCCAAGAGAGCGUUUGAAUUUCAGGUGAUGCCGCAGCUGUUAAACAGUCUGUGUGUGGACUCAACCGGAGCUAGUAUCGACUGGGGGACUCUGGUGGUCUACACGUGCUCAGUGAGCUGUGACCAUGACGACCAGUACUACCCUGAGUUUAUCUGGAAGCAAGACUUCAGCUCAGAUCAACAAAGUCAAGAUAGAUAAUCCAGUUUGACACCCAUAUUCCAUUUCCAUGCAUAUUCAACUGCCGCAACCUAAAUAUUGGAAAACAUGUUCAUGGACAAUACUCUGUCUGGAUGGUCUUAGAUUACUUUUUUUGGCACAGUUGAAAAUUCCUCUCUCUGGAUAUUGACAAGUUUUCUAUGACUUCAUUAAACGUUCAUAUAUUCACGGUUAAUCAUUUUAGCCGUCUCAGUUCUUCAUAUCUUUUAUGCUGUGAGGCAACUGGAGCAAGUGACCAGAAAAAGAAAAGAGGAACAUGACCCCGUGCUGCACUACUACAAAAUAAACAGCUUUUACC